CCGAAGUGUUCGAAAAACUACAGUGGUACUUCCUGCAGUAUGGAGGUAGAGGCUGCAAAAAUAAUCUGGCCACGAUCUGUUGAAUACGAUAUGCAGUUUGAGGUGAUUGUGAGCGAUAGUGAUGACACUGAAACGCUCGCAGGUCUCCGAAGCAUGAACAAUGGGGAAGGACCUUACCCUGACAUGUUAGUUAGAAAAGAAGAAUGCAUCGAUUAUUAUUCCAAAAGACUGAAAAUCCGCUUGCAACAACUUGCAAAAAAUAUUUAUAGUGAGAAAUUGCGGGAAAGUGGCGAGUCAAGAAAACAGUCUUCAUUAAGAGGAAAGGACCUAUUAACUGAUGUAACAAUAGAAAAGCUUGCCUCUUACUUUAGUCAUGAUAUCAGGCAAAAUAUAAAUACUAAUGAAGAAAAAAUGAAGAAUGUUAUAUUAUCAAGCCUCUAUCACUGCUGUUCCACUGACAACAGACCACAGCAUCACCUUUGCCCUAAAGGAGCUAACUCAUGGUGUUUCUAUCAGAGAGCAAACGCAACGAACACUAAGCCACCUUCCCAUAACACAAUGAAAGCCAGACUUAGACUAGAACCAGAGAACGAGGCUGCUGUCAAGCAAAUAUACCAUGAGCUAACCAGUAAAGACAAGAUGCAGCGGUGUCUGAAAGUACGAGGCCAAAACCCAAAUGAAAGCCUGCACCAGCGCAUCUCGUCUUAUUGUCCCAAGACAAAAUACAAAUUCAAACGUGAUCUAGACUUUGCUGCUGCACAUGCUAUUAGUGAAUAUAAUAGUGGUUAUGAAAAUACGUGCCUGGACACCUCAUUUGGCCUCAAACGCAGUAGAGUAACACAACAGAAACUGCGAAAAUUGGACGAACUAAUGCAAAAAAACAGUGGUAGGCGGGACAAAUAAAAGAAACUGAAAUGUAUUUAGUGAUUAUUAUUAUUAUUAAAAUAAAAAAGAAGCGCUAAGCCACAAGGGCUAUACAGCGCUGCUGUAUUUCGUGAGCCUGGUGGUUAUUACAGAGUUUACGCCUUCAAAAAACCUUUGUAAAUGGUGAACUUCAUGGAGCUUCUAGCAUAGACGUUCGACCACCUUCUUAACUUACAAUAAAAAUUUCAUUAUAA